CCAUUUAGCUGUGUUCAAUGUGGGAAGAGUUUUGGUCGAUCUAGCCAUCUGACUCAACACCAGAGAAUACACACAGGAGAGAAAUCUUAUAGCUGUGUUCAAUGUGGGAAGAGUUUUGGUCAAUCUUGCCAUCUAAUUCGACACCAGACAAUACACACAGGAGAGAAACCUUAUAGCUGUGAUCAAUGUGGGAAGAGUUUUAGUCAAUCUGGAGAUCUGACAGUGCACCAGAGAAUACACACAGGAGAGAAGCCUUACAGCUGUGAUCAAUGUGGGAAGAGUUUUGCUCAUUCUGGCCAUCUGACUCAACACCAGAGAACACACACAGGAGAGAAACCUUAUAGCUGUGAUCAAUGUGGGAAGAAUUUUGGUCGAUCUGGAGAGCUGACAGUGCACCAGAGAAUACACACAGGAGAGAAACCUUAUAGCUGUGGUCAAUGUGGGAAGAGAUGUACUACAUCUGGCACUCUGACUUUACACCAGAGAAUACACACAGGAGAGAAACCUUAUAGCUGUGGUCAAUGUGGGAAGAGAUGUACUACAUCUGGCACUCUGACUCUACACCAGAGAACACACACAGGAGAGAAACCUUAUAGUUGUGGUCAAUGUGGGAAGAGUUUUACUACAUCUAGCAAUCUGACUCUACACCAGAGAACACACACAGGAGAGACACCUUAUAGCUGUGGUCAAUGUGGGAAGAGUUUUGGUGCAUCUAGCACUCUGACUAUACACCAGAGAACACACACAGGAGAGAAACCUUACAGCUGUGGUCAAUGUGGGAAGAGUUUUACUACAUCUGGCCAUCUGACUCUACACCAGAGAAUACACACAGGAGAGAAACCGUAUAGCUGUGGUCAAUGUGGGAAGAGUUUUGGUCGAUCUGGCCAGCUGACAUUACACCAGAGAAUACACACAGGAGAGAAACCUUACAGCUGUGGUCAAUGUGGGAAGAGUUUUACUACAUCUGGUCAUCUGACUCUACACCAGAGAACACACACAGGAGAGAAACCUUACAGCUGUGGUCAAUGUGGGAAGAGUUUUACUACAUCUGGCCAUCUGACUCUACACCAGAGAAUACACACAGGAGAGAAACCGUAUAGCUGUGGUCAAUGUGGGAAGAGUUUUGGUCGAUCUGGCCAGCUGACAUUACACCAGAGAAUACACACAGGAGAGAAACCUUACAGCUGUGGUCAAUGUGGGAAGAGUUUUACUACAUCUGGUCAUCUGACUCUACACCAGAGAACACACACAGGAGAGAAACCUUACAGCUGUCGUCAAUGUGGGAAGAGUUUUACUACAUCUAGCAAUCUGACUCAACACCAGAGAAUACACACAGGAGAGAAAUCGUAUAGCUGUGGUCAAUGUGGGAAGAGUUUUGGUCGAUCUGGCCAGCUGACAUUACACCAGAGAAUACACACAGGAGAGAAAUCUUAUAGCUGA